GCAAAGGGAAGGAAGGAAUACACAGUUCGCGGAGCACAAUGAAGAAAUUGUUGUUAUUCCUCUUACUGACCUAUUUAUGCUCCGGCGCUCUCUCUGCGAGCAUAUUGGACUAUCUGACGCUCGCAACCGAUGAGGCAGAAGCCAAAGAGGAAGAGGUUGGCCCUAGCAAUUGUCUCUGCAAUGGACCGUCCUGUAUUUGCUGUAUCGAUUUCAACAUGACUCUGAUCGAUCUCGGCGGUCCUGGUUGCGUUCGGCUAAAGUAUCUAUCCGCCGAUGAAGGAAUCGCGCUGAACGUUUCCUACGGCGAUAGUGUCCUCCACAGUCAGCGCGUUAAGGGCCCUGACCCUCCACCAACGUGUUUGAAUGUGUUUUCCAGCCUAGCACAAAUGUGUGCCCGUUUCAGUGAGUUGCUUCCGACGGAUGAGGGCCUACGGGGUUGCUUACAGCUAGAACCGAUGCUGCUGGGCGAUGUCCAGAUCGAGCUACCACUUGGUUGCUUCCGGAUGGGACCGAAGGGUAUGGAGGUGAUUAAGUCGGCUGAGGAGCAGAUAAAGGAACAAAUCCCCAGCGAAAGUGAGGAAACCACCUCCACGCCGGUGGCUACUGUAGAGGAAAAACCGGCAAUUGCUGCCGGCAACAGUACUUCUACUCUGUCGCUGCUCGAUAAUCUCUCCACUGCCGACAUUUUAGCAGCGGUAAGUGAAUCGACGGACGAAGGCAUUGCAAUGAUUUCCAACUGGCUCGGUCUGUCGGUGAAUCGCAUACAGAAACCGACCGAAGGUGUCGCAUCGGAAGCGGGCACAGCCAGCGAGACCGAGAGUGAUAAGAAGGAAGAGGAAGAAGAGUAG